AUGGAGAAACUAUGCACUGGUGGCAAGACUCUCCGCCCAAUUGCUCAGGUUGUUAGUAUUCUUUCUAGGAAGCCGUCACUUGCGGCGUGCAUCCAAACUGUACAUCUUUCUCCCUGGGAAACUUAUCUGGGAUUUAACUCUGCCGAAGUUGAAAAAGCGUUGGAUCUAUGGAGAGAAGACCUGCGAAUCAAUGGCGAAGAUGAGCAGCAAGAAUAUUCACAGGAUGGCAGUGUCCGUCUGAAAACCUUUGACUUUAGCCCGCUGCAUGAACAAGCAAAGCGCGUGACCCGUUCUGAAGAUGAGGCAAAAUUUUGGAUGGAUGAAAUCAAGAUCGGAAAUGCAGAUGCAUGGAUUGCACUGCUUCUCACCCUCUUACCCAACCUCCGACAACUAGACGUGGCGUUCCCCUACGGCUCACUUUGGCUCCACUAUGUCAUGAGAUGGGCAAGAACUGGACAAUUUGGCUCUAUUAUGGCAUUCCCAUCACUCUCGGAAGUUUAUGUGGACUGGGAUAGAGAAAACACUUCUAUUUGUCAUAAACACCUAGUACCUUUCUUCCUAUUGCCAUCAAUGCGCCGGUUCUACGCGUAUAAUCUUAGAGGCGGGUCAGGCUAUGGUUUCGAUGAGAUAUCGAAUUCAACUGAGACAGCUGGAACGUCUUCUAUUACACAUAUUGAAAUCGACGGCUGCGAUGGGCAGUGGGACCUGUUGAAGGUGAUAAGCUUCUGCAAAAAUCUCCAAUCUUUCAAAUACAACCACCGUGGAUGCCAGGGAUUUGAUCCGCAUGCUAUAUACAGGGCCCUACUCCCUUUCAGUGAAACAAUCGAGACAGUUUGGCUUGAUAUUCAAGAGCGUUUUCCUAGACACGGAGACAAUCACCUUUGCGACGACCCACUCCCUUCCUUCAGGAACUUUACUGCCCUGAAAACACUCCAUCUCCGAAUGAACAGCUUGUCAAUCUUUGCUCCCAGAUCUGGGGAGGAUCAUUCCGACAUAUCUUUUGCGCAGACACUUCCACCUUCGAUUGAGACGCUGCAGGUUGCCGAAACAGGAAACCCCAGCGAUCUUCAGAUACUUGCCCAAAAAUUACAGCACCAUGUGGAUCAUGACUUGGAUUCCACGCCCACGCUGGCACAGAUUGACUUCAGACCUUCGCUCAAUUCACCAGAGACGUCAGAAUUUCUGGAGAACAUGGCCAGGGUUUGCGCGAAGGCAAAUAUCAAGUUUCAUGGAGCACAGCAAGAGCCUCCGAUGGCCGAAACCCAGCAAGGGGUCCAUCCCCACGUCCCCAUCUGGCGCGCUAUUCUCGACAAUGACCAGAAAAGUUGGGUCUUGUUCGAACACGGCACCUGCGUGAUCUUCGAGGAACCAACAACCGACCUGGCGGCGGAUGCCAACAAAAUCCUAUCCACCUGGGGCCCUGUGAUUGUCGGCUCCCCUGCGGCCGAUUUCGAUGUCAUCCAUCUCGACAACCCUCUAACGGGCUGGGUAGUGACUGGACACCAUCCUGAUGUGUUGAACUAUGUGUCUCAAGAUUCCACGGAGUCAGAGACGCCUGAUUUCCUGGUCGGGUUACUAGGAAGAGGAAAUCGUGACCAAGAUGCUCAUUCAUUGAAAGUCAUUCAUAUAGAGGACAACCGUAUCAAGGGAAACGAACUGGUUUUCGAAAUCAGUAUGACGUAA